GCCGAGCUGUGAACAUCAUCUUCUUCAUCCUCAUCACCACAGCUGCUUGUUUCACUCAAACAGGAUCUUUUCUCAGUUUAGUGGAGGAGGGAAAAAAACAAAAACAACACUUUUUUCCCCCUCGAUGCUUCCAUCCUGAACAGAAUUGAUGGGAAAAGAUCAGAUGGAUGCGCGUCAAAGGACUUUGUAAAUGCGCACUUUUAGUCAAAAAUAAGGAUUACAUUUAUAUAUUUUUUUGCACUUUAAAAAUGAUUGUGUUGCUUUUUUUGCUCUCCGUGCCGGAGGGCGUGCUCUGCCAGCUGCGCUACUCGGUAGCGGAGGAGCAGGACCCCGGGACCGUGGUGGGGAAUAUCGCGGACGACUUGGGUCUGGACAUCACCAAACUUUCCGCGCGGCGCUUCCAGACGGUGCCCAGCUCGCGGACUCCCCACCUGGACGUCAACCUGGAGAACGGCGCGCUUUUGGUGAAGGAGAAAAUAGACCGGGAGGACAUUUGCAAGCAGAUGACUCCGUGCCUUUUGCACCUGGAAGUGUUCCUGGAGAACCCGCUGGAGCUUUUCCGCGUCGAGAUCGAAGUGAUGGAUAUCAACGACAACCCCCCCGCCUUCCCGGAAGCGGACAUUUCCGUGGAGAUAUCGGAGAGCGCCAUCCCCGGGACGCGCUUCCCGGUGGAGAACGCCUUCGACCCGGACGUGGGCGCCAACGCGCUCGGCACGUACGCCAUCACCAACAACAACAAUUUCUACCUGGACGUGCAGACGCAAAGCGACGGGAACAAGUUCGCCGAACUGGUGCUGGAGAAGCCGCUGGACCGGGAGCAGCAGGCCGUGCACCGCUACGUCCUCACCGCGGUGGACGGCGGCGACCCGCAGCGCACCGGCACCGCGCUUUUGGUCGUCAAAGUUCUGGACUCCAACGACAACGCGCCCGCUUUCGACCAGUCCGUGUACGCGGUGGACUUGCUGGAAAACUCCCCGCUGGGCACGGAAGUCAUCCAACUUAACGCCACCGACGUGGACGAGGGAGAAAACGGAGAGAUUGUUUAUUCCUUCAGCAGCCACAACGCGCCGAGGAUUAAAGACUUGUUCAGCAUCGACGCCCGAACCGGCAGAAUCGAAGUGGCGGGAGAGGUGGACUACGAGGAGUCCGGUACGCACCAGAUUUACGUCCAAGCGAAGGACUUGGGCGCCAACGCGGUCCCGGCGCAUUGCAAAGUGCUCGUUAAACUCCUGGACGUGAACGACAACACGCCGGAAAUCAGCUUCAGCACCGUGACUGAGUCCGUCAACGAGCAGGACGCCCCCGCCGUCAUCGCGCUUUUCAGCGUCUCGGACCGGGACUCCGGUGAAAACGGCUUAAUGAGCUGCGAGAUCUUAGGCGAUGUCCCCUUCAAGCUGAAGUCCUCCUACAAGAACUACUACACCAUCAUGACGGACGGUCCGCUAGACCGGGAGACCACCGAGUCGUACACCAUCACAGUGGUGGCGAAGGACAAAGGCCAGCCGUCCCUCGCCAGCAGUAAGUCCAUAAAAGUGCACGUUUCUGAUGAAAAUGACAACGCGCCUCGUUUCACUCAGGCGGUUUACGACGUGUACGUGACCGAGAAUAAUGUGCCGGGCGCCUUCAUCCACGCCGUGAGCGCUUUGGACCCUGAUGUGGGACAAAACGCGCUCAUCACCUACUCCAUAUUGGAGUGUGACAUCCAAGGCAUGUCCGUGGACACCUACGUGUCCAUCAACCAGGACACGGGUUAUUUGUACGCGCUUCGCUCCUUUGAUUACGAGCUGCUCAAAGAGUUCAGCUUCACGGUGCAGGCCAAGGACUCGGGCACCCCAGAACUGUUCUCCAACGCCACCGCCAACGUGAUCAUCGUGGACCAGAACGACAACGCCCCCGCCGUCAUCGCGCCGGUGGGCAGGAACGGCACCGCCAGGGAGCACCUGCCCCGGUCCGCUGAGCCCGGUUACCUGGUGACCCGCGUGGUGGCCAUGGACGCGGACGACGGCGAGAACGCGCGGUUGUCCUAUAGCAUCCUGCAGGGCAAUGAGAUGGGGAUGUUCCGCAUGGACUGGAGGACUGGGGAACUGAGGACCGCACGCCGGGUCUCCCCCAAGCGGGACCUCCAGGGUCACUACGACAUUUUGAUCGAGGUGCGGGACCACGGCCAGCCGCCUUUGUCGUCGUCCGUCAGCGUUAGCGUGAUUUUGGUGGACAGCGUGGUGGAAGGGCGGACCAACGACCGCGGCUCCGCCUCCAAAGCCAAGGAGACCUCUCUUGACCUGACCCUCAUCCUCAUCAUCGCUUUGGGGUCCGUGUCCUUCAUCUUCCUGCUGGCCAUGAUCGUGCUGGCGGUGCGUUGCCAGAAGGACAAGAAGUUGAACCUUCACACCUGCUUGCUCGACUGCUGCUUGUGUUGCGGCUCCUGCUGUGGCCGACAAGCUCGCAGCCGCAACCAGAAGAAGCUGAGCAAGUCCGACAUCAUGUUGGUCCAGAGCACCAACGUGACCUCGGGGGCGGGAGGCCCUGUGGGGCAAGUUCCAGUGGAGGAGUCCGGGGUGGGCGGCGUGGGGGGCGGGUUUGGCUCCCACCACCACCAGAACCAGAACUCUUACUGCUACCAAGUGUGUCUAACGCCAGAGUCGGCCAAAACCGACCUGAUGUUCCUGAAACCCUGCAGUCCCUCACGCGGCGCCGACGUCGACCACGCCAAUCCCUGCGGCACCCUGGUCGGCAGUUACAGCGACCAACAACCUGACAUCAUUUCCAACGGCAGCAUUCUGUCAAAUGAGAAUAAACACCAGCGGUCGGAGCUCAGCUACCUGGUGGACAGACCGAGACGUGUGAACAGUUCGGCAUUCCAAGAAGCAGACAUUGUCAGCUCUAAGGACAGCGGUCACGGUGAUAGCGAACAAGGCGACAGCGAUCACGACGCCACCAACCGGGGCCUCACUGCUGGUGCUGACCUGUUCUCCAACUGCACCGAGGAGUGCAAGGCCCUGGGCCACUCGGACCGCUGCUGGAUGCCGUCCUUCGUCCCCUCUGACGGGCGCCAGGGGCCGGACUACCGCAGCAACCUCCACGUCCCCGGGAUGGACGCCACGCUACCAGACACUGAGGUACCCGCCUCUAUCGACCUUCCCGAAGUGGCCUUGACCUCGACCAACGAUAGGUCAUUCUCCACCUUUGGCAAGGAUGGUCUCAGGUCACAGUCACACAACAGCCUUCACCAUCACCUCCAUCAGCAACAGCAGCAGUACAGCGCCAGCACGCUAGAGAGGAAAGAGUAUGAUAGGGGGACGCUUCCGUACAAACCCACCUUUCUCUCCCGCAAGAGGAUUUGCUAGCUCGUUCCACGUGGACCUGUCAGAGACUGCGUGAAGUUGAGUAAUCGGCCGCCAAUACUGAUCAUAGAGACCUCAGACUCGAUAACAUAACUUUGGAGUACGACAAGUCCGGAUAAGCGUCUCUCUCCUCUUGGGUGGCAAACGCCGUGAGACAAACCUCGACUCUGGACGCCAAUAAAGAAGAGAGUGAAGAAUUGAGAGGAACAUUCCAAGGCCUUAUUCCUCUCAGCGGGACUGAGAUCAGGACUACAAACAUCGUGAAGAUGAUGGAAGUACUCAGCAGAGGAAAGAAGGGUUUUCGGAGCUGUUUUUUCUUUUGUUUACAUGACGUUACAAACUGGGACCGACAUCCCGGGGAGCCCUUUAUCUAUUUCUCAGCGAGCCAACUGUACAGAAGACUGUGGGACGCAGAGGGUGGUGUACAGGAAAUGUACGGCACAGGAAAAUAUGUAUGACUUCUUUGGUUUGUUUGAGUUGUUCUCUCUGUGUGCUUCACAUAUUACAACAUAUUCUGUAGACGGGAUUUAAAGGUGAACGGUUUAGUCUCACAUGAAUGUUCGCUAAUAUUUCGGCUCCUUUCCGAGCUCAUGGAAAGGGAAGUUAUGAAGAUUCUCUCUGCCUAAACGUAAACAAUCAGUGGUUUUUAUCAUGUGUGCAAAGUGUUUACUGUGCUAUUUUAAAAAGCUUUUCAAUGAAUAUAAAUCUAUACAUAUAAAACAAUAUCUAUAUAAAAAUAACUAUAUACAAUUUUUUGAAUUUUUCUUUUCUCCAGAAAACUGUGUAACAUGGAUUUGUGCACCUCAUUCGAUCUGAUGAUUCCAAGUGCCACAAAACUGUUGAUGAAAAGGAAAGGUGCAACUAAAGCCUGGAUUAUGUCACGGCGCAGUCGCUACACCGUCAACCAAUGUUGCCAGAUGAGAAAUUAUUUUCGUACUAAAAGUGUAAAAUGUUGGUAUUUUGAGGAAAAACUAUUAGGGAUGUAAAUCUUACAACAACACUAAGUUCAAUUUGAUUCCGAGUCCAUUCAAAAUCAAUUCCCGAUUCAACACUUAUUCAACAGCCUACUGCAAUGGUUCUCAACCUUUUUGCAGUGAUGUACCCCCUGUGAACAUUUUUUUAAUUCAAGUACCCCCUACUCAGAUCAAAGCAUUUUUGGUUGGAAUAAAAGAGAUAAAUAAGUAAAAUACAGCACUAUAUCAACAGUUUCUGAUUUAUUAAAUUGUAUAACAGUGCAAAAUAUCGCUCAUUUGUAGUGGUCUUUCUUGAACUAUUUGGAAAAAAAUAUAUAAAAAUAACUAAAUACUUGUUGAAAAAUAAACAAGUGAUUCAAAUAUAAAUAAAGAUUUCUACACAUAGAAGUAAUCAUCAACUUAAAGUGCCCUCUUUGGGGAUUGUAAUAGAGAUCCAUCUGGAUUCAUGAACUUAAUUCUAAACAUUUCUUCACAAAAAAAGAAAUCUUUAUCAUCAAUAUUUAUGGAACAUGUCCACAAAAAAAUCUAGCUGUCAACACUGAAUAUUGCAUUGUUGCAUUUCUUUUCACAGUUUAUGAACUUACAUUCAUGUGUUGUUGAAGUAUUAUUCUUUAAAUAUAUUUAUAAAGGAUUUUUGAAUUAUUGCUAUUUUUAGAAUAUUUAGAUAAAAAUCUCGUGUACCCCUUGGCAUACCUUCAAGUACUCCCAGGGGUACGUGCACCCCCAUUUGAGAACCACUGGCCUAGUGGUUAGAGCAGGCCUGGGCAAUUAUUUUGACUCGGGGGCCACAUUUAGAGAAAAACAUUUGUCUGGGGGCCAAUGUAUCUAUUUUUAGGAACAUUAAUGCAAAACCUCACAAUAAUGUCUGAUUGAGUGCUAAAAACGUUAUGCCAGACCGCCUUAAAAAACGGAAUAAAAUUUAAAAUUUUUCUAUGAACGAUAAAACACUGAAUAUUGACUAAAUAUGAACGUCACACCCGCUUUCGAUUGACAUAUUUUGCAAUAAAGUGAAAUGCAACAAAAAUCCAACAAACAGUGAAAUAUGAACGCGAAGGGUACAAAAUAAACGCACCUAAAAUCUUAUAUUUGCUGAAUUCCCCCCUGGGAUCAAUAAAGUACUUUAUAUUCUUUUUUUAUUCUAUACUGUAUAUCACUAAGCUUUAGAACUUUGUUGUGAAAAUCUCCUUCCGUGUCUGUGUAAACGCUUACCGCUUACACUACUUGGUGCUUCGUCUGAGCUGCUGUGACGUGGCUGACCAUAGUAACUAAUUAGAUGACCAUAGUAACUAACUAGAUUACCAUAGUAACUCGUACAUCAUGCAAAAGCGGAGAUUUCAACCAUUGAAAUACUUUGUAUAGUUGAAGACUUACGGUCAUUACAAAACUUCACUGCACAUCAUAAUGGCAGCUACACUUUCCAUCUUAAAGAUCUAAAAAAAAUAAUUUGGAAUGUUCGGCGGGCCGGAUUGAAAAGCACAAUGAGCCACAUGUGGCCUCCGGGCCUUAAUUUGGGUUAGAGUGUCCGCCCUGAGAUCGGUAGGUUGUGAGUUCAAACCUCGGCCGAGUCAUACCAAAGACUAUAAAAAAUGAGACCCAUUACUUACUGCUUGGCACUCAGCAUCAAGGGUUGGAAUUGAGGGUUAAAUCACCAAAAAUUUCCCGGGCGCAGCCACUGCUGCCGCUCACUGCUCCCCUCACCGUCCAGUGAGUGAACAAGGGGAUGGGUCAAAUGCAGAGGACAAAUUUCGCCACACCUAUUGUGUGUGUGAGAUAAUCAUUGGUGCAUUAACUUAACACAAUUCUCAAUUCAAGUGUAAAAAUGAUAAUGAAACCUUCUCAAAACAGGUUAUAAAAGCUCUUCCUGCGUAAAUGCGCUGCGAGUAGAUAGCCAAAUUCGAUUCAAAAUCGCUAUAAGAAUGAAUCGCGAUUCGGAUGUGAAUACAUUUUUCCGGCACCCAUGAGAACUAUCUUAAGGCUGGUUGUUCCUGUGUUCACAACAUAGCUCGAAAAGUUAUAGGCGGAUUUUGAUUAAACUUUUAGGAAAUGUCAGAAAUGAGAUAGGGAGCACAUGAUUCCAUUUUGAGCUGAUCUGGAUUAUUUCUACGAUGUUAUGAUCGCCUCAUCUUCUGUGUGGCAAUGACAAAAGCAUCACUCUGUUUCUUUCUUUCCGCCAGCUUUACGUAACAAAAAAAAAUAUGGGCAGAUUUUGAUGACAUUUUCCAUAAGUGGGGUAAGUGAUCACAUUUUAAGAGUGAUCCAGAUCAACGUCUGUAUUCAGCAUUUGUUUUUUUUUUUAUGAUCGGAAGGAGGGCCUGACUGGAUUGUUGUGGAUUAUAUGUAUUUUGUUUUUUAACCUAUAACUUAGUUAUUGUAUAAUUUAUAUAACUGACAUAUUUAAAUUACUAGUCCGUACAAUUUGAUUGUCACAAAAUUCUAUAAAAGUAAAAAGGCGUUGACCAGAAAAAUGUACUUAUCCUAUUUUUUUUAAGCACCGAUUUCAGCACUCUUUAGGCCAGUGGUUCUCAACUUUUUUUCAGUGAUGUACCCCUGUGAACAUUUUUUUUAAUUCAAGUACCCCCUAAUCAGAGCAAAGCAUUUUUGGUUGGAAAAAAGAGAUAAAGAAGUAAAAUGCAGCACUAUGACAAAUUGUAUAACAGUGCAAAAUAUUGCUCAUUUGUAGUGGUCUUUCUUGAACUAUUUGGAAAAAAAGGUAUAAAAAUAACUAAAAACUUGUUUAAAAAUAAACAAGUGAUUCAAAUAUAAAUAAAUAUUUCUACACAUAGAAGUAAUCAUCAACUUAAAGUGCCCUCUUUGGGGAUUGUAAUAGAGAUCCAUCUGGAUUCAUGAACUUCAUUCUAAACAUUUCUUCACAAAAAAAUAAAUCUAUAACAUCAAUAUUUAUGGAACAUGUCCACAAAAAAAUCUAGCUGUCAACAUUAAAUAUUGCAUUGUUGCAUUUUUUUUCCACAGGUUAUGAACUUGCAAUCAUAUUUUGUUGAAGUAUUGUUCAAUAAAUAUAUUUAUAAAAAGAUUUUUUAAUUGUUGCUAUUUUUAGAAUAUUUAAAAAAAAAAUCUCACGUACCUCUUGGCAUACCUUCAAGUACCCCCAGGGGUACGCGUACCCCCAUUUGAGAACCACUGCUUUAGGCAAUGGCACCAUUUUGAAAAUACCAAUUUGGUACUAAUUUACUUUAAAAAAAAAGUCAACAUAUCUAUCUCUAUUCCUGGGUCUUAGAUAGGGACCGAAAUCUUACAAAAACUACCAAGUCCAAUCAAACUAUUGGGACGAUAAUUUGAUUCAGUAUCGAUUCCCAAUUCAAAAUGAUUCUUGCAAUAUAUUUUGUGGCAUAUAAAUUAUGAUAAAACCUUUUCAAACAUGGUUACAAAAGCUGCUGACAUAUGACGUAAGCCCGUACAUGGCCUAAAAUCCUCUUUUUUUAAAUUUUGAAUCGAUUUAAAGUAGUUUUUCAUUAAAAAAAUAGCAAUUCGGAUGUAAUCUCAUUUGAUAGCUAGAACUAUCCCAUGUGGAACAUCACUUACUUGUACUGUUCAUGUUGCUCCCAAACAAGAAGAAGACAUUCCUAAUAAAAAUGACGAAGAGAGGAAAAACAGGCAGGGUUGCACACCGAAAAAUAUGUAUUAAAAUAUCUGACCAAUCAACUUUUUUAAUAUGAGGCUAGAAAUCGAACUACCGAUGGUUUGGAGCAGGUGCUGGUGCAGUGACGCUGACACCGUGUCAUAAUCUAGGCUGAGGCGAAAUACUGUCAUAUCAACCAAGGACUAUCUUGAUUUUCUUCUGUACUUGUCACGGUUUACAAACACUAAACAGUUUUGUGUACAGCGCAGACACCGAUAUCUUGACCGGAUGUGUAUUUUUAGCCUGAUAUAUGCUCAUGUACAGGACUAGGGGGCUUUCACUACUGAGCUAUAGUUGACGGACCUUACCAUCAUGUGAUCACAUGUUCACAGGUCAAGUGAUAAAUAAACAGUGUCAUUGAAGAUC